UCAGCCGCAUCCCAACUAGACCCCAAACCCUUCUUCCCUCUCUUAGACAUGGCCGAUCGGAAAUCCGGCGCUCCGGCGACAUGUAACCCGGUCAGACGACAACCCUCAUCCCCUCUACUCUUUCUCCUUCCUGCCCGACGAAGAACUCUGGCGCCCCUUCUUCUCCGGCGUCAGUUCAGCCGACAACACACCUCACCCAUCCCCUCGUUCGUCUCUCUCUCUAAUGGAUGGUCGACCACCAUUGUCGACGGCGGAGGUGGUCCGACGAGGAUUUUAACGGCGGCAAUGAGUGCGACCGCGGUGGCAGCAGCUUGUGAUUGUGCUCCGACAGGUUUUUCAGAACGUGUUCCGGCAACCACUCAACAGGUUAGCUCCUUUCCGUUUCAGUUCAGUUUUGGUUGGGUAUGUGUUGUUUCGGUCCGGUUCAGUCGGCUCAGUUUCGGGUUCGGUGCGACGGGUUUGCUCUCGGUUCGGUCGCGGGUUGUAAUUGUUUGGGUUACAAGGAAUAAGUGGUUCGGUUUUGUUUCGGGUUCACUCAACACUAGUCAACAGCAGUCAACUCGGUCAACAAAAGUCAACCGAUCAACUCUGGUCAACACGGGUUACUCGCGAGACUUGGUGGUGACCUCGGUGUUCCGUCCUCCUAAACUCGCACACUCGUCAACACUUGGAUAAUCAGAAGACUUAGCAACUAUGUUGAGGAUCGAUGAUGCUAUGAAAAUGGACUAGCAAAGAUGCCUAGAUACUCACUUAGACGUUUAGGUUUAAUGUGUUGUAUCAAUUUUGUUAUUGUCAUGUUUGAACAAUGUUGUUAUUUGAGUUUCCUUGUAAUAUUUGACAAUUUUGCGAUGAAAUGAAAUCGGUUGAAUUAAA